AUGUAUGAACAGUGUCUCCCUGAGAACUCGAUAGAUCUGUCGAUAUCUGCUAUAGCUGCACAUUACUUGUCAAAAAUUGUGUGCCAAAUCAAACACGGUGUGUUCAUGGGUGAAGCAGAUGACAACGAACAACGUUUAAUGAAAGAACAAGCCAGAGCUGAUUGGAGGGAUUUUAUUAUUUCAAGAGGACGGGAACUUAAACCUGGAGGUGUUUUCAUCACAAUCAACGUAACGUCGGAUGAAGACAAUAAUGUUAUUUCACAGUUAGACAAGGGAAUGCAUCAUCUUGGUAGUUUUGUGACUGAUAUGGCAAGAGAAGGCGUGAUAACACAGGAGGAAUAUCUUGCAAUCAACUUCAAUGGUCACUAUCUGAGAAAGGCAUCUGAUCUAAAAGAACCUUUCACUAGUGCACUACCAGAAGUAGAAUCACUCGGACUGGAGUUGGUUUCGUUGAAGACCAUGAAACAUUUUCUGCAUCAUCCGACGUUUGAUAUAGUUGAUAAAGACGAGACGGAAAAACGAGAAUAUUCCCGCGGAAUAGUUGACUCGGUUAGUUCAUGGAUGCACCACGUGAUACUGGGAGGAUUGUCCUCUUCCCGAACUGAGGAAGAUAAACAGAACAUCCUUGACCAAUUCUUUGACAGAGUUCGGGCAUAUGCGUACGCUCACUCUGAUCACGAACCGUAUAUUAUAGUAACAGAGGUUGUCAUAAAGAAAGGGGACGUUACAUAUCAUAAAUGAUUAACAUAUGCACUAUACGUCAAUAUAUCUAUUUAUAAUGUAAGUCACUUGUUUUCUUCUGAAUUAGGUAAUGUUCGCUAACAAAUUGACACUAACCCCAAAAUAGUUAUCCCCGUGAUAAAACAGGAAAAGUGAAUCGUAAAAUGUGUAGAAAAAUACUGUAUAUGCCAAGUAUAAUUAUAUUUCAGAGUACCUAAAUUAACAAGUGAUAUAGGGGAAGAAAGUAUGCCGAGAGGUGUAGAUUUUGAGUCUCAACUGAUGUUUUGCUGCGACCUCGAAUUCUGCACCCAGUGGUAGACUUUCCAUAUCCCCGAAACCUACAUAAUAAUAGGCUGUCCUUUUCUGCAACCUCUUACUCGGGAAUUAGAAAUACACGACGUCGACAGUAUGUGUGCAACACAAAGCAAAACUCCUAGAAAAUGUACACAUACACUAAAGAAAUUUGUUUGAAAAUGUAAAAAAAAAAAUACAUCAUACCAUUGGUUCAGUAUUCAUUUCAAGCUUAUCAAAUAACUUGUUGUUAUUGUCAGUUAGACGCAUCAACAUAUAUUUAUAUGUAGCACGCAUUUCUUACAUACCAUCCUCGAUACUCCAGGGGUUAUGCUUACCUUCCCUUUCUGCACCCCUGGAAUAUGUCAUAGCAACUUUUAAGACACGAAUAUAGCUAUAUUAUUGAUCUCAUGUAAAACACUGAACAACUGAUAGGCUGAUACCUGUCCUUUGGAGAUAAAAGAGGAGUGACGCCCGACUUCAAAGACAGUACAUUAAAACGUUAUGCGACCGCGAGAUUCUUUUGAUGUUCAUCAAAGGAUAAAACUAGACUUCUUGUCUCAUUCACAAGAUGGUGCACACUGAGCUUUCAAUUGUGCUAUGACAUAUACCAGGGGUGCACAGAGUGUAAGUGAGCUUAACCCCUGGAUUUGUGUGGGCUCGCAUAUCCUACCUACGUGAAGGUGGGAUAAGUAUGUUAGUAUGAGUCAAGACAAGAAACAUGGACAGAAAUCUUGUUUAUCUAGAUAAUGUGUUUUUGGUUUAAUGAACUCUCUAUUGUUUAUAUUCCAUAAUUCUUCUAUCAGUGGUAUAGGUAUAUUUGGUCGCCAUGUAUGUAAAACACUAUUGUAAUCUAUGGAAGAGGAUCACCGCCAUAAUUAUUUAUAAUAUAGUUAGUUACUGCUGGUUUGGGAUAAUAUUCUAUGUAUAUUUUUAUUAUUUCCUUUGUUGAUAAGUGUAGUUUUUCCAUGCUUUUAUAGAUAUAUUGUUUGU